GCCUGUUCUUUUAACCUGGCUGCCUUUGAAGAAGUGACUCAGACAUCUUCAUGGCCUCUAAAGAUGCACAGAACCAAAGAAGUAGAGACUUGCCUGGCUUUCUUCCUGGAGCUCCAGACCCUGACCGCAGCUUUCACAUCUCACUUCCCAACCCAGGGAACCAAGUGUGGCAGCCAGCUCUCCCUCUGCCAGGCAGUCUCCCUCCUGGUCUAGAAUAUUUAAGUCAGUUAGACCUGAUAAUUAUACACCAGCAGGUGGAGCUCCUUGGAAUGAUACUUGGCACAGAGACCUCCAACAAAUAUGAAAUUAAAAACAGCUUGGGACAAAGAAUUUACUUUGCAGUGGAGGAAAGCAUCUGCUUCAAUCGUACUUUCUGUUCCACACUGCGAUCCUGCACUCUGAAGAUCACAGAUAACUCAGGUCGGGAGGUGAUUACGGUAAACAGGCCCUUGAGAUGUAACAGCUGCUGGUGCCCUUGCUACCUGCAAGAGUUAGAAAUCCAAGCCCCUCCUGGUACAAUAGUUGGUUAUGUUGCACAGAAGUGGCACCCCUUUCUGCCUAAAUUCACGAUCCAAAAUGCAAACAAAGAAGAUAUUUUGAAAAUUGUUGGUCCUUGUGCAACAUGUGGCUGUUUUGGUGAUGUGGAUUUUGAGGUGAAGACCAUUAAUGAAAAGCUUACAAUUGGGAAGAUUUCGAAGUACUGGUCAGGAUUUGUAAAUGAUGUCUUUACCAAUGCUGACAACUUUGGAAUUCAUGUUCCCGCAGAUCUAGAUGUGACGGUCAAAGCAGCGAUGAUCGGUGCUUGUUUUCUCUUUGAUUUUAUGUUCUUUGAACAUUCACUGGCUGGAUUAUAAUAAGCAAGAUGACAAAAACAAUAAAGUAUGCAAGAAACUAUUUCAAAAUCCCUUGGGCUCCGGAUUUCAUUUCUAAAUGGCUUGCAUAUUUGCUUUUUUGCUAACAAAUGUUAAUUAUUAUAUUUAUUAAAGCAUAAUGCAAUGAAGCAAUUAUCUGUUUGUAAAUGCGUGAUAGCUAAAGACAAGAUUACUGGCCCGAGUACAGGGCUGCUUUGAGAGAUUGUCAUUCUUUCUUUUUAAUCCUUUUGAAGUCAUUGCAUGGGUAAGCAUGAAAGAUGAGAACUAAGGCUGGCAGCAUCACUGAUGAAAAUUCAAUGUUUAGAGAGCACUUUGAAGU